ACAAAACACCACGUUGAAUAGAAGCUCCUAUAAUGCGUUUAUUAAUAAAAUUGCUGUUAAUUUUGUGCGUAAGUGCUUUUUCAAAAUGUGAACCAACAGUGUUGAUAAUAGGCACAGGUCCUGCCGGCAUAGCUGCAGCUACAAAAUUAUUGGAAAAUUCCAUAACAAAUAUAACAAUCCUUGAAGCCGAAAACAGAAUUGGUGGUCGCAUUAAUAGCGUUAAAUUUGGAAAAAAGUUUGUAGAUGUUGGUGCUGAAUACUGCCACGGACAAAAAAAUAAUAUUGUUUACGAACUGGUAAAAGAUUUGGACGUUUUAGAACCCAUAUCUGAGGUGUUUCAACCUGCACUUUAUUAUUCUAAUGGUUCUAGACUCGAUGAGGCGUUUACGGAGGAAUUGCAAGCAGUAAUUUUGGGAUAUGAUUCCAGCAAUUUCAAUUUUAAUGCUACCGGAAUUAGUAUUGGUGAACUAUUCAUAAAGAAGUACAAUGCCACAAUUAUUCAAAAGUACAGCGGCGACACACAAAAAAUAAAAAUAUUGAAUGAGGCACUUAGACUAGCGGAGAAAGUGUCAUUGAUGAUCGAUGGUGCAUUUUCCUGGCUCGAUACGUCAACAGUCAAACACUAUGAAAGAAGCGAAGGACAUCAACUCCUAGUGUGGAAAGGACGAGGUUAUAGAACCAUUUUACAAGUUUUAACGAAAGAAUUCCCUAACCCCGAAGAAAAACUGCCAAUAGACGAUAAAAUCCAUUUGAAUAAACAAGUUUCAAAAAUAAUUUGGAGUGACAGUGAGGUAAUCGUAUACACUUUGGAUAACACGACGUACGCAGCAGAUCAUGUAAUUGUAACUCCUUCAGUUGGUGUGUUAAAAGCACACAAAGACACUCUGUUCAGUCCUGCGUUACCCAAAGCUAAAUUGGAUGCCAUAGAAGCAAUAGGAAUCGCAGGAGUUAUGAAAAUCAUCUUAAAUUUUGAAAAUGAGUGGUGGACCAAAGACGAUGUGAUAUUCACAUUUCUUUGGAACGACGAAGACUUGCAUAACGCAGCUAAAGAGUUUCCAUAUGCACCUAUUAAAAAUGGAAUUUCUUGGGUCUCCGCGAUCACAAUAAUGGCGAAAGUUCCUGGAAACCCCGGUGUUUUGGUAACGUGGGUUACUGGGGAAUUCGUUCCGGAUAUAGAAAAAACACCAGAGUCCGUGUUGAAAGAUGGUUGUGUGUAUAUCCUCAAGAAAUUUUUGGGACAAGAUUAUGAUAUAAGAGCACCUAAUCGCAUUCUCAAGUCUUCUUGGCGCUCUAAUCCGCAUUUUCGAGGGACGUAUUCGUACGAGAGGGUUGGAUUUGAGAAACCUGGUGUUCGUUAUCAGUUGGACUUAGCUGAACCGUUGACUAAUGCAAAUGGAAAACCUGUAGUUUUAUUCGCUGGAGAAGCUUCUAAUCCUAUUCACUAUUCAACAGUUCAUGGGGCCAUCGAGAGUGGUUUUAGAGAGGCGGAAAGAAUAAUUAAUUUGUAUCAAAAUUCUUAAAAUUCCCGCAAUAUUAGUGUAUUUUGUGUUAAAAUUAAAAUUGUAGGCAUGGAAUAUUUUGAAUUAAGUAUUUUAAUGGCAUAAAAAUCAAAAACAUAUUUCACCAGUGUAGUUAAAUAAAAAUAAAUAUAAGUAUAGAUUAUAA